GGCUUUUUUGCCUGGGUUUAAUCUGUAAUCAGAGAACCGUCGUGCGGCACGGGAGGCGGCGGGUUUGAAGUCGGCGAGCGGAUCCGUGCCCCCGUCGUUGUUCUUUUCCCGCCUCUUUGCCCUAAUUUCCGUUCCUGUUGGUUUUUGCUGUCGUUGAACCGGGCACCCAUCUUCUUCUUCGCCACUUGCUCUUUACGUGGUUCGUCGUAUGUGGUGGCGUCGCGUUCACUCAGCAGCCUAUUCCCUGGAAACUCUGCGCAGCGCAGACCCUUCCCGCGCCGCGUAGCACCGCCCCUCAGCGCUCCUCCUCUGGAAGAACUUCCGGCGUGCUGGCGGCCAUCGCUAGGGGUCGGAUUAGCCAGGAGAGUUUGACUGUGCUGAGGAGACUUGGCUGUGAGGAAGGAGGUGCCAUCUACAAGGAUGGGUAGUGCCUUGGAUAUGUCCCUGGAUGACCUCAUUAAGUCGAGUAAGACUGCAGGCAGAGGAGCGGGGAGGGGUGGCGGCAGGGGAGCUGGGAGGGGUGCUCUUGGCGGGCGCGGGCGCGGAGUCUUUCGGAGAGCCGGCCGUGGUUUCGCCCGUGGUGGUAAUCUAGGAGCCGCUGGACCGAUUCGCCGUGUCGGCACGCAGAGAGGUCUUCUGCGAGCUGCUCCCUACUCGGCAGUGAAGAAUGAUCUUCUCAGAGGUGUGUCGAAAGUUCAAGGAGCGGUCGUUAGAACGGUAGAGCUCCAAACGGGAACGAAACUGUACAUCUCCAACCUCGACUUCAAUGUCUCAAAUGAUGACAUCAAGGAGCUCUUCUCGGAGGUGGGCGACUUGAAGCGCUGCUCGGUCCACUUUGACAGAAGUGGCCGUUCGAAGGGAAGUGCGGAAGUCGUCUUCGCUCGGAGAAAUGAUGCUUUGACCGCCGUUAAGCGUUAUAAUAAUGUCCUCCUCGACGGGAAGCCGAUGAAGAUAGAUAUCAUUGGAACGAACGUUCCAACGGUGGGAGUAGGUCGCGGACGAGGCGUCGGAGCAACACGGGCAGUUGUCGUCUCGGGAGGUGCGUUCCGUGGAAGGGGUAUUGGUGCUGGAAGGGUCAGCGGCGGCAGGGGACGAGGCGGUAGGGUAGGAGCUGGCGGUGUAGCGGGAAGGGGUCGCGGACGUGGGGGGCGCGGAAGGGGGCGCGGCGACAAUGGGCCGACGAAGACUGCGGAGGAACUCGAUGCGGAGCUCGACUCGUACCACGCGGAAGCAAUGCAGCCGUGAAACUGAUGGAUUCGGCGAAACUUUUUAACUUUUGUUAGCCUGUUUAAGCUUUCAGUUCUUUCGCUGUUUCUUUUUUGGUGUUCUCCUCGUGGUUAUCACGCGACACAUCUAGGGUAGUAAGCGUCACAACCGGAACUGAAUCCUCGCUCUCUCCCGCUAUGACUAGAGCAGGAGUGCCGUCACUCCCAAUGUAGUUCGUUAUCUGUCUAAGCCUGCAUCGGCAUUUAGCUGCCAGCUCUUUUUAUGCUGUGCUUACCAGGUCAGUUGUUCAUUCAGUCGCAUAGGUCACUGGUAACCAAGUCUGGUACGCGCCGUGGUCAAGUAUGUAUGUUCAGCGGUGCUGAAACCUCGGGUUUCAUUCGGUCAGGACGGCGACGUUGGUUAAAUUGUCUACGGAGGAGGGUGGGGGAAAAGAGACAAAUCAGCACUAGUAGUAAGAGAAGGAAGGGAAGAGGCGGUAGAGUGCCGGCUGGCUGGCGCAUGAAAUUCAUGUCGAGUUGCGCAUGGUCUGCUGAUAUACCGUAUCCUGGGAGGCUGAUGGAGGGUUUUGCCUGAUUGUAAUGAUAUACCUCGGAAGUCGACAUUGUGGUACGUAGGGUACUGCUCACCCACGCUUCCGGUUUCCCUUCAACUGACCUGCCUUUUACUUUUUUUAAAUUUUUUUAGCUAUUUCUCCUUUUAUCUCUUCUGGUAACCUUUUGCUCACGAUCGGCUCACCCUGGUUCUGUUCUUUUUCUCUCAAUCUCUGCAUUUCUGUUUCCUUUAUCUGCACCUGGUCCACUUUUGCGCCGUCGGUUGCAAAGCAUUUUUCUCUUCUAAAUUCUACGAGAAAAAUGCGAAACAGACUUUCCGACGCUCCGCCAUUCUCUGCUUAACUCUAUAGUGGAUGUUUUCGCCUUGUAGUAUACAACCAGAUAUUGAUGCCUGUAUGUUGGGUCCUCCGUUCCGACUUAAAGUAUAGUCAUCGAUCUCAGUUUCGUUGUGCGUAAAUUCUGUUCAAGUGCCAUUACUUGGUUUACUAGGUUAGGUCUAUCUCCUCCGUGAACGGCUUGGUGUCUUCAAUAUCACAUAUUUCGCAUUCCUUCUUUGCGCCGUAUAUGCAGUAGUACGUCUAUUCGCCGCCAACUUGCUAAAAGCUUUUUGAUAUAUGCCCGGAUUGCUUGCAGGAACAGACCUGCCACCGAACGUGGUUGGUUGCGCUAAUGUUGGAAUGGAUAGACAAAUAAUUUCACGUAUGUAGUCGUUAAAUGGCAAGCCUUCCACAUGAGAGGUCUGCCGGUGUUCUUGAGGCUUGUUCUGUGUGUGCGAGCAUGCUGUUGUAUUUGUACAUCUUACGCAACAAAAGAUGCCAGUUUUGUUUUUGUCCUCUGCAUUGCCUAUGUCGGAUAUCAGGUCUUCAGCUCCAACCUCCUGCGUGCCGAAGGGGUAGGUAGUCGUUAAUUUUGUCCCGUGUUAAGAAACCUCUUCCCUCUGUUCUCCUUCAAACCCAAACUGCCACUGGCCGACGCAACCAUUGGAAAUCCCUCUUCUGAUUAACGAACAAGGAGCCGCGCAAAGUGGUGAAGUACUCGUCGGAAAUCUCUCGCGACAUGGCAGAUCGGUAGCCCAAUCGUUCCGGACUUCCGAAGCUUGGGCGGAAGCUGAAGUCUCGAUCACGAUUCUUGCGUCCCGACGUGAUCUACACUUACUGUUACGAAUGGGCGGCAGCCUUUUCGCGAAGAUCAGGUGGUGUGUCUUCUAAUCAGGGAGACAAAAAAGAAACCCGCCUUUACGCCAGGCUUGGGCGGAAUCCUUUUCGCUAAGAUCAGGUGUAGUGUGUUGUAAUUAGGAAGAAAAAAAAGAAAGUUCGGCGGUAGCGGAGGUAAUUUUGUGAAGCGGCUGGCGUGUGUCUCUUCGCUACGCAGCGCGUCUUGUACGAAAGACAACAAUAUUUCGGUUUCUUUCCAUGUCGUAGCGGCAGGUUUAUUCUCGUUUGGCAUAUUUGGUGUUUUAAA